GCUAUGACGGUCGAGGCGUGCGCCGAGGACACGAAGGGCCAGACGUGCUACAUCUGCACGCAAGCUCUCCAUUGGAAAACAAAGGAGGGCCUCGUGCGCGGGUGUGCGUGCCGUGGGACGGCGGGCUUUGUGCACGUUUCGUGUCUGGCGGAGCAGGCAAAGAUUUUGUGCGACGAGGCCGAGGAGAACAACUUGGACAUCAAGGCGAAGAAUGAGAGGUUUCGUCGGUGGCAAGAAUGUAGCCUGUGUGAGCAGACGUACCACGGCGGCGUGAAAUGCGCGCUCGGGUGGGCGUGCUGGAAGACGUACCUGGGCCGGCCGGAGACGGACGAGAUUCUGCUCUUUGCGAUGGGCGUGCUUGGGAGCGCUUUAUCCGCGGCAAAGCAAUACGAGGACGCGUUGUCCGUGAGAGAGGCCAGUUUGGCUACGCGGCGGCGCAUUGGCGCGCCAGAAGAAAGCAUGCUCGUCGCGCUGGGCAGUCUUGCGAACUCGUAUCACCAACUUGGACGGCUUGAAGAGACCAACCGCAUACUGGGAGACGUAUACUCCAGACAUUGCAGGCUCUCGGGCGAGGAUGGUGAGUCGAGCCUAGCCUCGGCCUACAACUACGCGAAUAGCUUUAGUGAACUAGGGCGCUUCGAAGAAGCAAGAUCACUGUCGCGCAAAGCGAUACCCGUGACACGACGCGUUUUGGGGAAAAAUCAUGAACUCACGCUCAGGAUGAAGUGGAUUUAUGCGUGUGCGCUCUACAAGAAGCGAGGCGCCACGCUCGACGAGCGCCGCGAGGCCGUGACGACGCUCGAGGAGACAGCACGGACCGCGCAGCGUGUACUCGGGGGCGCGCACCCGACGGCAGCGGGGAUAGAGAAAGCCCUGCGAAACGCGCGAGACGUGCUCCGCGCCCAGGAAAUUUUGCAGCCGAGGACCUUUUCCCGGGGGUAG